CUGAAUAUAGAUAGCUAUUACCUGCUGACCACGCUGAGACGAGAAUAACCCCGUUGAGUAUAUGAGGCAAUACUUUAAUCCCAGCAUUAUCCAUAGCAAUUACGAAUUUACCGGCUGAUGCCUCACCUGCAUCUGAGCUAAGUCGGGGGUCUGUACAUGAAACUGUGAGCGUUAUCAAGAGAACAAACGAAAAUAUAGAAGACGAUCAUCCUCCAUAAAACCUCUUUAUCACUGAAGGAAUUUCCUUGAUUGGAAUUCUAGUCUCACGUGAAACUAAGACAACGCUUUCUGCACCAGAGUAUGUGUAAAUCCCAUUGACAAAGGCGGACAAACCCCCUAAAAAGCGACCUGCAGGAGCGCUGAUAUCUUCAUAUUGAACCCAGGGUGAUUCAUUCCAAUACCUGAAGCCAAUUCGAUUAGUAUUGAAUAAGUCACAGAUUGUAUAUUCUCCAUCAUGAUUUGGAAACGUAGAAGCAUCUGGCUUCCGCAAAUUGUACAUCUGAGGAGAACCUUUCGAGUAAGUUCUCAUUAAAGAUACUGUCAGAUGAGGCAAAAAAUGCUAAUACAUGACUAAUGAAAUGCUUUUCAUUAUUGUUUAUCUGGCUAUGCCGGUUCUUGAUAUCUUUCGAUAGGUCCAUUUCUUCUGCAGUCCAGAAAGAAGCAUUUGCUCUCUUGUAUGAUUGCCAGAUUGCUGCGUAUUGUAUUGGGAAUAAUACAAACCUUCUUGGGUUUUCCUUCAAAAGAGGUUCGUCUUCCUCUUUGUAGUUCACGUCACCGAAGAAGUAUUUGCCACGCAAUUCCUCUGCUGCGUAACUAGAGAGGUCAAGAUCGUUCGCAUCUACAACUGUCUCCUCCUCUUCCGUAGGUUUGCCGCUACAAUUUGCAUGCUCACCAAAUGAAGGCUUUUUUGUGGCUGACCGUAUUAAACCCCCUCUCCAAUGGAUUUGCGAUUUGCUUUGAAGGCAUUUCCAUCGUAAUUGGUUGAUUUUCGUCCAUAAACCAUACUUUUAUUUGGUUGUUAAAAGAUCAAGAAAUCAGUCGCGCAUUUGACGCGUCUUCAUCUCAGAACUCGGACUUUGUCUCCGAGGAUUUAACCGGCAGCUCUACUUCUUAACAAGAAUGAGUCAGAUUAGAUGACCUGUGCUUCAGUUGUGAUGUCUCAUUCCGAAAUUUUAAGUCUGUAACACAUUCUGUCUCUUCUUUAUAACCAACAACAAAAAUGUGCUUGAGUAACGUACACGCUGAAGACAACUUACAAGUAUCCAAGGACAUGAUCAAAAACGUCAAAUUAGAUCAGCUUACAACAGCUAUUGAGUCCAAGGAUCUACCAUUCCUGCAAACUACUCCAAUCCCAUUUACAUUAGUAGACAGGCCUGAUAAUGAGGAAGGCAUUCUUACUGUUCACCUUGCAAGAGCAAGUCUUCAAGCCAAAGCACUUAUCGAGGCUUCCAAAGCUGCCGAUGGAGCCGAACUUGAGAGGGAGAUUCUCUUUUCUUCACAUCAGAUGCAAAUUCUUAUGUUACGCGAGACAUCCAAGAAUACUUCAAAAACAGGUAAGGUCGUACGUACUUGGAAUUACGCAGCUGUGCAGGUCACGCAGCUCACACAGCUCACAAACGAGAAUGAGGCGUCAUUUGAGAACCAAUGGAAAGUCAGUGAUGCAUCAGACGAACUCAGUAAAAAUGUGGCGAAUCUCAUGAAGAAAGUUAAGUGA